AUGACUUCCCGACCCGACAAACCCUCCCGACGAGAGAGACUUCCCGACCGAUCAGACCACCCGACAGAUUCCCGACCACAAAACCUCCCACAGACUUCCCCGACCGACAAACCUCCCGACAGGACUUCCCGACCGACAAACUCCCGACGACAGACUCCCGACCGACAAACCUCCCCGACAGACAGACUUUCCCGACCACAAACCUCCCGACAGACUUCCCGACCGACAAACCUCCCGACGACAAACGACAGACUUCGCCGAACCGACAAAACCUCCCGACAGACAGACUUCCGACCGACAGACCACCGACAACCUCCCGACAGAUUCUUCCCGACCGACAAACCUCCCCGACAGACUUCCCGACACAACCUCCCGACGACAAACUCCGACAGACAACCUCCCGACAGACAGUUCCGGACGACAACUUCCCGACAGGACUCCCGACCGGACAAACCUCCCGACAGACAGACUUCCGACCGACAGGACCAGACUUCCCGACCGACAAACCUCCCGACAACUUUCCCGACCGACAAACUUCCCGAACAGAGACACAAAGACAGACAGACUUCCCGACCCGACAGACCACCCGAAACAGACUUCCCGACCGACAAACCUCCGAUCCCGACAGACUUCCCGACCACACAAACUUCCCGACACCGACAGACUUCCCGACCGACAAACCUCCGACAGACAGGACUUCCCGACCGACAAACCUCCCACAGACUUCCCGACCUCCAAACCUCCCGACAAAGACUUCCGACCGACAAACCUCCGACAACUUCCCGACCGACAAACUUCCCGACAGACACCGCAAACUCCCGACAACUUCCCCCGACCGACAAACCUCCCGACUCCCGACAGACAGACUUCCCGACCGACAAACCUCCGACAGACUUCCCGACCGACAAACUCCCGACAGACUUCCCCGACCGACAAACCUCCCGACAGACAGACUCCCGACCGACAGGACCACCGACAGACGACCGACAACUUCCCGACAGACUUCCCGACGACCGACAGAAGCUCUCCUACAACUUCCCGACCGACAAACUCCCGACAGACAGACUUCCCGACCGACAAAACCUCCCGACAGACUUCCCGACCGACAAACCUUCCCGACAGAACCUUCCCCGACCGAACACCUCCCGACAGACAAACCUCCCGACCGAACAACUCCCGACAGACUUCCCCGACCGACCAGACACCUCCCGACAGACAAACCUUUCCGACGACAAAACUCCCAACGACUCCCGACCGACAAACCUCGCCGACAGACAGACUUCCGAGAAACACCCACAGACUUCCCGACAGGGACAAACCUCCCGACAGACUUCCCGACCGACAACCUUCCCCGACAGACAGACUUUCAACCGACAAACCUCCCGACAAGACUUCCGCCGACGACAGACACGACAGACCCGACUUCCCGACCGACUUCCCGACACAAACUCCCGACAGACUUCACCGACCAAACCUCCCGACAGACAUACCCCCGGACAAACCUCCCGACAGACUUCCCGACCGAGACAGACUUCCCGACCGACAAAACUCCCGACAGACUUCCCGACCGACAAACCUCCCGAAGACAAACUUCCCGACGACAAACUCCCGACAGACUUCCCGACCGACAAACCUCCCGGACAGACAGACUUCUCCACAGACAGACUCCCGACAACAAACCUCCCGACCCGACAAACCUCCCAACAGACUUCCCGACCGACAAACCUCCCGACAGGACAGACUCCCGAGAAACCUCCCGACCGACAGAACACCCGACAGACUUCCCGACAGACCAAACCUCCCGACAGACUCCCGACAGGACAGACUUACCCGCCGACAGACCACCCGACAGACUUCCGACCGACAAACCUCCCGACAGACUUCCGACCGGACCAAACCUCCCGACAGACAAGACUUCCCGACAAACCUCCCGACCGGACAAAACCUCCCAACAGACUUUCCCGACCACAAAACCUCCCGACAGACAGGACUUCCGAGAAACCUCCCGACCACAGACCACACAGACUUCCCGACCGACAAACCUCCCGACAGACUUCCCGACCCGACAAACCUCCCGACAGAACAGACUUCCCGACCGACAGACCACCCGACAGACUUUCCGACCGACAAACCUCCCGACAGACUUCCCGACCGACAAACCCCGACAGACAGACUUCCCGACCGACAGACCACCCGACAGACACGACAAACCUCCCGACAGAGACCGACAAACCUCCCGACAGACAGACUUCCCGACCGGACAAAACCUCCCGACAGACUUUCCGACCGACAAAACCUUCCCGACAGACUUCCCGACCGAACCUCCGACAGACAGACUUCCCGACCGACAGACCACCCGACAGACUUUCCGGACCGACAAACCUCCGACAGACUUCCCGACCGACAAACCUCCCGACAGACAGACUUCCCGACCGACAGGACCACCCGACAGACUUUCGACCGACAAACCUCCCGACAGACUUCCCGACCGACAAACCUCACAGACAGACAACCGACAGACCUCCGACAGACUUCCCGACCGACAAACCCUCCGACAGACUCUCGACCGACUCCCGACAGACUUCCCGACCGACAACCUCCCGACAGACUUUCCGACCGACAAACCUCCCACAAGACUUCCCGCCCGACAAACCUCCCGACAGACGACUUCCGACCGACAGACCACCCGACAGACUUUCGACCGACAAACCUCCCGACAGACUUUCCUCCCGACAGACAGACUUCCCGACCGACAAACCUCCCGACAGACUUCCCGACCGACAAACCUCCCGACAGACAGACUUCCCGACCGAACAAACCUCCGACAGACUUCCCGACCGACAAACCUCCCGACAGACAAACUUUCCGACAAUCUUCCCGUCACGUCAUCCUGAUAGUCACGUCAUCACAAGUAACUUAAUAGGAAGUGAGAUAUGCGACUUAAAUCUUAAGGAGCUUUGUUCCUUCUGGUAUAAAGACAUAAGGUGUCUCUUGGAGGAUUAA